AUGGCUUCUUCACUGGCUUCCGACAAGCCAAGCUUGCCCGCUCCCGGCGCAGCGCAAUACGACCCUUUUAUCACAACAACACCGCCUGCGCCCGCGCCCGUGCCGGCUCAGCACCGAUAUUCGAACUACGAUCAUGAUUUUUUCGUGACCGGGCCUGCUUCCCCAGAAUCCGCGAAGCGAGCGCUCGCUGCUCAUUUGCAAGAGACCGAGCGUCGCCUUGAGGAGGCGGGAAAACUGGGUAAUGCCUUGGUUCUCCAGCGCAAGCAACUCACCGAGCAACUUAAGGAGAUUGAGAAGGUGAACAGCGAGGAAGAACUGUCACAAGAGCUUCGUGAGCGAAUGGUUGGCAUUGAGAAGGACUUUAACACAUUAACUCGAGAGUCCGCCCGGAACUUGUUGCCCAAGCAAAGAGUUCCCAGCAAUGAAGUCAACCCCAAUUCACCUUUCGCGCCCGAGAACAAGGGCGGUAGACGAUCUGUUAGCCCUUCCAAGUUCGAGAGCCAAGCAACAGGGUCACCUACGAAGUUGACCGUGCCUAAUCGCAAGAUUCGCAACCAGCCCUCAAACCGAGUUCACGAUAUCGAGUUCGCCGCCGAAAUUAGUACUUCUCUCAUCGCGCAAGUUCGCAAUCUGCAAGGUGUGCUCGCCGAGCGAGACGAGGAGAAUAAGGACCUCAAAGCCGAAAAGGCACGACUCGAGCUUGAAGCAGAGGGUUUUCAGCAACGCUUCAAAUCCCUCGAUGAGAGCGAGAAUCGAUAUAAGGAGGAGAACUGGAAUCUUGAGACCAAGUUGCAAGAGCUCACUGCUCAACACAAGGAAGCUUUGGAUCGUGAGAAGAAACUCACUCAGACUCUCAAUGUCAUCAAGACGGAAAAAGUGACUAUUCAGCGAGAACUUGAUGAGGUCAAGGUGCACCACGCACGAUUGAUCGACCAACAUGCUGCCGCCGUCAAGCAACACGAUAUCGAGCUUGGUACUGUCAAGCGCAAUAUUGCCAUGGCAGAGGGCGAGCGUGCUGCUAUGCAACGCCGAAUUGAUGACCUUACUGGACAGAACCAAGAGCUCGCCAGGGCCUUCGCAUCUCAGCGACGCACCGUCACAGAACUGGAGCCCACCAUCCGGGCCAGCGACGACGAUCUCGAAUCGUCCGCCGACCAUCUCACUCCCGAGCAUUCGCCGCCAGUGUCCCCUAUCAAGGGGACUCCCCGCCAUGCCAUGCUUGAGACCGAGACUAUGAAGUCAUCUCUUUCCCAUGCUCAGCGAACCAUCCAGAGUCAACGAGGUCUGCUCCACCGUGAGAAGACCGAAAAGCUUGAGCUUCGACGUAUUAUUCAGGAUCUUCGCGAUGAUCUCGAGAAAGCACGAAGCGAUGCGGGUGAACAUAAGCCCCACCGAAAGUCUCGUGUCAAGGAAUCUAAGGAAUUCAAGAAGCCUCCCCGUUUGCUUGGAUCGUUCCGCUCCAGCAGACAAGAGGUUAUCACCGACGAUGGCGAGUGGGAAGACCAACAUGAUGUUUCUCCUCGCGCCUCGGUCUCUCCAAUGAUCUCCAGGUCUUCUCUCAGCAACAGCACCCAGACUAUUCUCCCCAGUAUUGAGACCUCUCACAUAACGGAUACUGAGCAGUUCGAAACCGCUAACGAAGGUGGCGAGUCUGCAUUUGAGACCGCCAACGAGCGUGGUACCGAAACUGAGGACUUCCAAACCGGGGCCGAGGAAAUGUCAGGUAGCGAUGAUACCGAGACUGAGGGUACGACCCGAGGCUUCGGUAGCAUGAAGAAUGCUCCACGACUUCCCGCCGGUUUCGCUCGUCAUGCAAGCAGCAAUUCACUGCAUAGCACUGCAUCGACUUCUGGCGACGAGGACGACUACUCAUACACCAAGACGCCAACUGGCACUAUUGGUUCCCAGAGAAGCAGCCGUUUCCGUAUGAGCCGUAGCAUUUUCAACCGCUCCAGACAAGUCAGCGAGGAGCCUACCUUCCAAAGCAGCCCCGUCAGCUUUGCCAGCAGUAGAGAGGGAACACCCCAAGCCGGAGGACAGAGCUUGUUUGCCGAGCUGCAAGAUUUCGGCGGUAGUGACGACGAUUCAGCCGGCCCUGGCACACCCAGUCGCAUGCGUGCUCGCUCUAUGACUCCUGGUUCUAUUCGCCGGGGAUCAUCACCACGACCUGCAGUGCCUCCCAUGCCCAAGGUCAUCAUGGUUGACAGUGGUAUGAUGACUGAGCCUGUUAAGAUCGUUCCCAGACUUUCUGGCCUUGGGACGUCACAGAUGUCUACCACUGGUGCCAUGACGGACGAUGGAGAUGAACACUUCGCCGAGUCACCUGUUAGUGUCGUGGCAGCGAUCCGACGUGCUUCCAUGCAUUCGUCAAUUGGACCAUCUGGCGAUCGUGAUCGUCGUAUUCCCUCCUGGGCAUAUGACAGUCUUGCUGACUCUAGGCCAAUUUCUAUGGUCUACAGUGACGCUGGUGCUCAGCAUGACCCCGACAUGGAGAAGAACUUGGCUCUAUUCCCAGCUCCUCCAUCUAUGCUACCCAUCCUGCCCCCCAACUUGACUAUGUCCUCAAUCGCAUCUGAGGAGGUUGAGCCCGUUUUGGAGCCUGAAGUGGUUCCAACUCCUCCAGCAUUGACUUUCACAGCUCUUUCUAACCAGAGUGUUGAGCCUGUGCCUGAGUCCGGGAGCCCUGUUCCUGACCUGACAAUGACCUCGAUCAUUUCUCAAGAGCUUGAGCCUCGCGCUGAGCCCGUCGUCCUGCCCCCAGCUCUCAGCUUGUCUGGCAUUAUGGCUCAUAGCCUCGAGCCCAAGGCCGAGCCUGAGGUGCCUCUGGCUGAUCUGUCCAUGACUACUAUUGUCAAUGAGCAGGUUGAGCCUAUCGCAGAGCCUGAGAUUCCAGCUCCAGCCCUGAGUCUCUCCUCCAUCUCAGCUGAGAUGAUUGAUCCGAUUGCCGAACCACCUGUGGAGCCUGUCAUGUUCAUGCCACCACCUCCGGCUCUGUCCAUGUCCUCUAUCAUUGGCGAGCACGUUGAGCCUAUCGCCCACAAGAACCCCGAGCUUAGCAUCUCUAGCAUUAGGGGAGAGAACAUUGAGCCCAUUUCUGAGCCUGUUGUUCCUGCUCCUGUGCUUCUUAUGUCCACCAUUCGAAGCGAGCAUGUUGCGCCAGUUGCGGAACCUCUGCCCGAGGCUGUUAUCCCUGCUGUUGUCGCUCCUUCUCUGCCUCCAGCUCCCACUCUGAGCUUCUCUGCUAUCCAGGGAGAGAACGUCGAGCCUGUCGCUAGCAAGGCACCCGAGCUUGCUAUGUCUAACAUGGUGGGUGAGGUGGUCGAGCCUAUCGCUGAGCCGUUACCCGUGCCUGUCAUCCCUGAACUCACCAUCUCAACCAUUCAUGGUGAACAAGUCGAGCCAGUUAUCGAGUCGGCUCCUGAGCUGACUAUCUCUGCGAUCCAGCGAGAAUAUGUCGAGCCCACAGAUCUACCUGCCCCUGAUCUGGCUCUCUCUUCCAUUGCUGUUCAAUCAGUUGAGCCCAUCAGCGAGCCAGAGAAGGUGGUUCCCAAGCCAUCCCUCAACCUGUCUUCCAUCUAUGCCGAGGGAUGUGAACCUCGUGAGGAGCUUCGUCCCACCCCCACUACCCUCGUGUUUUCUGGUCUGUCUACACAGAAUGUUGAGCCUGUAUCUGAGCCUGCCCCAUCUCUGGCCUUGUCUGGUAUCACCUCUGAGAACGUCAAGCCUGUUGAUGAGCCUCUUCCUCUGCCUCCUGCUCUCGUAAUGUCCGAUAUUGCGACAGAAGGGGUCGAGCCUAUUAGUCCUGUCUACAAGACACCCACGCUGCCUGCGUUUGCAUUCUCCAACAUCGAGUCUGUCGAAACCUUCCCUGUCUCUCCACGAACCCCCAAGAGAGACGGAUUCAUCCUGCCCCGCGAUAUGAAGUCACCUUUCAUGGAGCAGGAUGUGCCCAGAACACCUGAGAACCAGCGCGGCAUUGAUCAAGGGUCAUCGCCUCUCAUGGUCGAGGAUGAGAACGGCCAAUCUCCUAGCGAUACUCCUGAGCCUGCCACUCCGGACUCGGAGCGGCCUUUCGAUAAGCCUGUAGUUAUUAUGAACGACCAGGGUGCGCAGACAUCUCUCACAGCUGAUGUGAUUGACGCCAUGUUCAAGGCUCGUGCUCAGUCUGCCUUCAGCCAUCAAAAGAGCCUGUCGAUGGCCAGCAUUGGAACUCCUGGAACCACUGGCACCUCCGGCACGGUUCGAAUUCGCCGAUCACAGGAGAUGUUUGAGACUCCAAGCCAGCACGAACGCGACACCGACGAUGUCUUCAACACCAGCCCUAUCCGUCGUCCUGGAAGCUCCAGAAGUGGCCGAGCAUCAAUCCAAGAUGCUCCUCCUCUGCCUGCGAACCACCGCCAAGUCAUCGAGGCUGCGCGAUCCAACUCGUCUCACGGUCCUCAGAACAACAUGGGACCACCUCUUUGGCCUGCUUCGGCACUUAAGCAAAGGCCAAUCACCCCAGGAAACAGGCCCGCCUCACCAGCGUCCACCGCUCGGGCCACGCCCACCCAGCGUACUGUUCGAAACCCUGUCAGCUACGGUGAGCUCGGAAGACAAUCGCCAUCGAAGCAUACAGCGGCAUCUAGGAAGUCCUCUGUAUCCUCGUUCGCUUCAGAGCUUGACACUCGAUUUAACAUGCGCCCUGGCGAGAUGGGCAUGGAUCCCUCCGGCUUCGGACCCAACACUGAUCCCCGCAUGAUCCAGGCUAUCACCCAGACCAUGAUCGGUGAGUAUCUGUGGAAGUACACUCGCAAGACAGGUCGUGGAGAGAUGUCGGAGAAUCGACAUCGCCGCUACUUCUGGGUUCACCCUUACACCAGGACUCUUUACUGGAGCGACCGAGACCCCUCAACUGCCGGUCGCACUGAGCUCAAGGCCAAGAGUGUUCCUAUCGAGGCUGUGCGUGUCGUUACUGACGAUAACCCCAGUCCUCCUGGACUCCAUCGUAAGAGCUUGGUCAUCAUCUCUCCUGGCCGAACCAUCAAGUUCACUUGCGCAACCGGACAACGACACGAGACCUGGUUUAACUCUCUUUCGUACCUGCUUCUUCGCACCAACAAUGAACAAGCUAAUGUCGAGGACAUGGCGGAGAACUUCACUCGAGAGGAUGUUGAUGAAUUCAACCCCCAGUUUGGGCAGCGUGCGGCUAACGGGACACGACCUGGAGCACCCCCCUCUCUAUCGUCUUAUAACUCUCGAACAACCCGUAAUGAGUCGCCUGCCGUUGGUAUGUCUAUGAACAUUCCAACUCUGACACCCAAGGCUCAGCCACAGCGCCCCACUGGAACGCUGAGCAAAUUGAGUGGCUAUUGGAAGGGAAGCCAGCUGUCUGGCACGCUCACAAGUCGCCGCGGCCGUGGUAGUGCCCAUAACGUUAACAUUUAUGAAGCCAGCGAGGCCCACGAUAGCGCCGAGGAUGUGAGGGAGAUCAUCGAGAGGCAGGAUAGGGAAGCUGACCGUCUCGAGAAUGUCCGAGCAUGCUGCGAUGGCAAACAUGAUGUCGGAACUCUCCACCAAUUCUCCAAGCGAGGCCGUCAUGGCAACAGCACUCACACGCACUCUCACCCAGGACUUACACACUCUCAUACUACUAUGUCUUCUCUACGCUCUCGAGUUUAA